CUAUUGUAGCCUAGUUAUCUUUGUGGGAAUGUUUAAUACCCAAAAGCCUGCAGAUAAUUUGACGCAGCUUUUAUUUCCGUCUAAUGUUAAUGUUUGAACCUGUGCAUGGUGUUAAUACAUGAUUAUUGCUAAAACUAGCUAGCUAGCUACUCAAAAAGUGUUAGCUGAACUUAAAGUUAACUUAGUGUUAACAGUCUGAGGACGGCUCGCAUACCGUUAGUUUGUUCGACUGUAUCACUUAUUCAACCGUCAUUUUACGCAAUAGAAAAACGAUUCAACCGCUGUCGGGGCAAAUUACAUCCGCUGUGGAGGUGUUUAGCUACACCCGAGCUACUUGCAGCCAUUGAUUCACUGGUCGCUCUCUUUUCCCCUCUCACUCUCUACACACGCCUGCUAGAAACAGGACCGACGGCUAUUUCACGCCACACGCAAGCAUUGGAAGCGUUUCCAGGCUAAAUUUUAUAUGAAAAGAUAUAUUAGUAUAUUUCAUUUUGACAUGAAUACAAAUUAAUAAAUGGCAUGUUGAUGUUCGAAAGUCUCGAGUUUAUGACAUAAAUGCAGAUAUACAAAUGUAAUUUAAAAAACAAAAAGAUGAUCGAUUUUCAAAUAUUGCACCUGUACAGAAUGCAAUAUACUGUAGUGUAUUUACCGUCAAUACUGCCGACGUUGUCUUUGCUGUAAUCAAAUCAGUAUAUAUUGAUGUGUAACAUGAAGUAUACUGCUUGAGUGCAGUAAAUCAAUGGGAAACAUGCAUGUGUCCAGACAAGGCUAGCAGCAGCAGCGCCGCGUCCGACACGUUUCUGGUGUGAAAAGACAGAAAAAUCCACGCAACUGACAUGCAACAGAAAUGCCACGCCGGCAGUGUGUAACCGGCCUCACACACGCUUGUUUUCAUGCCGGUUUUCUCUGUAACACAGGUGUUGUUUCGGUUUUAUUACCUUAUUGUAUUUAACAGUGACAUUGUUGUGCUGAGUUGUUGACCUAAACAGUUUCUUGUUUUACAGAUUCUUGUGGUGUGAGGAUGCUGUGGAAGUGUAAGUACUGCAGCCCUGGAGGGUGCCUGUAAAGACUUGGUUGAUGAAAUGCAGAAGAGAACACCAAAUGGACCUCUUGUGAAACAGAAGAUGGAUCAGACGUUUGCUCUGAGAAGAAAAGAGGUAGUGGAGUCGGAACCUGCCAUAAGCACGAUGGUGAGAUGCUGGCCUGCCCUUUUCACUGAAGAUCAAGUCUUCAUGGAGUUCAGCAGGAUUGUGGGCAAGAACCUCAAGACGGAAUUCUAUGAGAGCAUCGACCGGCACAGUCAUCGUCUCCUCGAGUUAUUUGGAUCCAAGAGAGGGAAUGUUGGACAGUUGUUGACACAUAUUUUACAACAGACCAAUACUACAGAGCCAACUGAGUGUCAGAGGGCUUCCUAUCAUCCUGGGGACAACCCCACAGACCUCUUCAAAGGAGGCUUUGAAUCUGACGAUGAGGAUUCUUUUUGUGACCCAGACAUUGGGAUACUUCUUAUUGAGCGUGAAGGUGCUGUGCUCACAUCCUCCCAGCAUCUCAGUCCAGCCUCGUUGGAAAUCAUCAUUGAGGGAGAAGUCGUGAUGGACAACAUUCAAGAUCUGCCAAAAGCAAUGUGCAUUCUGUUUGGACUCAUGUAUGCACUCCAUCUUAACUACCCCAAGACUAUGAAGCUCACAUUUCAGUUCAUCCAACAGGUAUUGCUCUUGUUAGGCCACACUGACCUAAAGCCAAAGCUACAGACUUUGAAAAAUCAGCUCGCAAUGUAAAGAGAUGUCAAGUCUACUUUUAAGAAACUGUUGACUAUUUUUUUUUUCUUACCUGUGGGGUAAACCCUUUUAUUUUCUGUAAAACAGGUGGACAAACAGACGCAUAAAACGCACACACACACACACAGACACAUACAACACCCACAAACAAAACUGACACACCUAUACACAUAUUUUGUGGGAAGCGUGCUAAAGGAUGUGACUUGUAGCGGAGUUGUAGCGGAAAGACAUAGGAGAUUGUUAUAUUAUAUACAUGUUUCAGUUCUUCAUCAGUCUAUGUAGAUGGAAUUAGAUAUUGUUCUGAUAUGAUAGUCUGUUGGUUCAUGCUCUGGCCUCCCUUCAUUGAGGCAGAUGAAACGGAUCCUUUUUGUGAUUAGCUGUGUUUGCCCAUUUUUCUUAAAGUAAAAUGCAUUGGAGCAUUUACAGGUGUUUCUGUUUUUUUUAUCCAAUUUAAUUGAAACAAUGUUUAAUAACGUAUUUAAAUACCAAUCAAAAGCAAAUUAAAUUAGAGGAAAAUACAAUAAUUGUGUUAAAUGAUGAGUAGCAAUAACAAGUCAUAAUAGCUAGUUUUAUCUAAUGAUUUUGAGUACACACUACUAAUAAAUAUAAAUACUAAACUUAAGGUUCCACGUUAAUACAACGCAACAUGUUUAGUUUCAGCUUGUAUAAAAACUUAAGGUUCCACGUUAAUACAACACAACAUUUCUAGUUUCAGGUUGUGUAAUAACGUAAGGUUCCACGUUAAUACAACGCAACAUGUUUAGUUUCAGGUUGUGUAAAAACUUAAGGUUCCACGUUAGUACAACGCAAUAUGUUUAGUUUCAGCUUGUAUAAAAACUUAAGGUUCCACGUUAAUACAACGCAACAUUUCUAGUUUCAGCUUGUGUAAAAACUAAAGUGGGAUAGGGCAACGGGUUUCCACGCGAUUCGCGAGUAAAGUCAACUAAUUCGGGUUUACAGUGUAC